AUGUCGGUGUCAACUAAUGUUGAAACUAUUCCACAAAUAGCAAUGUUUAUAAGGGAGUCCUACGUACCACCUCCGCCAGCGCCUGUAACAGCUGCUCUAGCAGCCACCCCUGCCCCACCAGUGCUACCGCCACCUCCUAACACACGACAGGCUCCUCCUGCUCCACCACCAGUACCAGCAUUGCCUAUGUUACCAGCAAUGCCAAUUCCGGUUCAGCAACCUCCUCCACCUCCACCUCCUCCUCCUCCACCACCACCACCACCUCCCACAAUCCCGUCAACUGUGGCUCCUACUUCUGCAUCUGUCUAUACAGCACCUCCACCACCACCUCCACAAACACCAAUUGUUUUCCCAAUAAAUCAACCACCUCCACCUCUGCCAGUAAUGUUUGAUGCUACUAGGCCUCCUCCACAAAUACCAACAACUAAAAAUGGUGCUGGGAAGCAUAAAUCACCAAAUUUAUGUGAAGCUGGACCAAGCAAAAUAAGGAAGCCAGAGGACACCAAUGUAGCAGACGCGCAUUGCGAAAACUGUGUUCAAGGCGAGAUCAGGAUUGAUUUGUAUAGGCAAGAAUUGGAUAAACUUCGAUGUGAAAAGGAGUAUGAAAUUUUGAUAUAUAAAAAAAGCCUUGAAGAAUAUGAAACUGGAAAAGAUUUGUUGAGGACCCUUGUCAAUGCUGAUCUAUUUCGGAUUUUAGAAGAGCACAUUGAGGGUGUUCCACAAAUUCAAUUACAUGACAUUUUGUCCCAAUUAAAUCAAACAUCUACUUCGGGUAUGUCAACAGUACCAAAGCAAUUUCUUUUACAACUUAUGAAUUGUGUCUUUAAUAAUUCAAGGACUUUAAUUGAUUCUACGUCAAGUACUACAGACAUUUUGGAUGAUACACUAUUACAAUCUCUUUCAUCAAUGCCUAGGAGAGCAAAUUCUGUGGUUAAUCAUUCGUCAUCUUUAGAAGUUAUUCAAGCAUUUGUUGGUCUUUUACAAAAUUCUAAUGCAAAUGCAGAUAAGACGCAAUCAAAUGAUUUGACUGGUGAAAUCAACAGAAUAAAUAAUACAACUGGGAAUGGUUUGGGUGUCAAAGGUUUUAAUGGUUGUAGUACCAGUCAAAAGGUAGAAAGUUCAACAUCCGUAUCUAUGGCUGGGGCUGUUCCUUAUUCUAGUACUAACAUACCAGCGCGGUCUUACAUGGGUGUUAGUGCGGUGGUGUCAAGUACAUCUGGACCUCAAAUUAAUGCGCCUCCGCCGCCAUUUCCCACUUAUCAACCGUCUAUACCACCUCCACCACCAACAAGACCCUUCUAUAAUCAAAUGUUUACUACACCCUCUAGCAAUGUUCAGAAUGUAUCGUACAACGUAACAAACCGAGCAACUGCACCUUCCACACAGCCAACACCAUCUCGAUCUUCAACAUCUGCAGCAAUCCCAGUACAUGCUGACAGUCAAAAUUGUAAUAAAUUUGUAAGAGGAAGGUACCCACCACCACAUUAUUACUCUCCAUAU